AUGACGUACUUUUUCUUAGCGCGGGAAAGAAUGAUGUCGACAACUACAUAAGUAAACUACAGGGAAAAGGCGAGACACACACCCCACGAAAGCCAGUUUUGAGACGUCGUUUUCGCAUAGUUUGUCAUUUUAUGUGGCUAAUAUCCUUCGAAGUGAUAUGGAUACAGAACGGAGUACUGAAAUAUGUGGGAACGUCCCGGAUGUAACAUUGUCAACACCAAAGAGGAAGGACUUCUCUACAGCUAAGGGGGCUCAUAAAAGGACCCCAUACUCGGGASACAAAGUCCAUUCCAGCUUCAAAUCACCUGUCCAGACCUCCAGUACUGGCCCCGCCAAGCCUGAAGACGAGAUAGAGGAACUGAAGACGAGACGGGCAAAGUUAGACUCAGAGAUUACACUGUUGGAGAAAGAUGGGAUCAGAGUUGAUGAGUUGGAGCAGCACAUUGACUUGCUACAUGAGUACAACGACAUCAAAGACGUCGGACAGUCACUAGUAGGCAGGAUAGCUGCCCUGAGAGGAGUGACCACACGAGACCUGUACGGCCAAUUUGGGCUUGAGCUGGAUGACUGAGGGAGAGAGAGUGGGUGCCCAUCCUAUGCUCUGCCCCCUCCAGAACAAGGGGGGCUAAGUUGCAUUCUUCAACAGUCUUUUCUUUGGUGGGUGUUUGGCGCGGUAUGGCCUAAUCUACAUAGGUAUAACCAUGUGUGUAGGCAGCACACCGUACACAAUUGCCCUCUGGGCCAACAACAAAAGUGGAAAUUCAGAACAGUACAGAGUCUGUAGACAUUGUUGCACAUCGUUCUCUUCUACUAAACCCCCCCCCCCCCCAUUUUAUGGGUCUUGAGUGUUGACAAAGAACUAAGAGAAUGGAUGAAUCUUAACUUCAAACGGAAUCUACUUGCUCUCCUACAUUGCACUUUUAUAAGAAGGUAAUGCAUUUAUUUCCAUUAACUAUAGUAUUGGUGCAUACUCUGCUUCGGAAGUACAAGGGAAAACUGACUUUCAAACUAACGUCUGCUCUAUUUCCAAAUGUAGUGCUGGCAAGUUUUACCUCAAAUGUAUUAUUUGCAAAUUAAGUUCUGGCAAGGUCCAGUAAAAUACAACUAUUUGUGCAGUAUGUUUUGUUUUUGACUGCAAAUGAUGUCUUGAAUGCAUGUUCGGAGAUAAAGUGAAUUGUCYCGCCAGUGUCUUCAGA